AUGACGAAGUCGAUGCGACAGGUCCCGUUGGAAGAAUUUCUCUGUGGAGCCAUCCGACACGUGAAGGUGAAUGUAGAGGAGUUGAGGAAGGCUGGCCACAUCUUGCUGCAGGACACCUUCGAGGUCUUGGUGCCCAAAGGUGCCCCAGACGGACAUCGGGUGACCUUCCAGAGGAAGGUGCGCGGGGGCGAUGUGAUCUUCGUGUUGCAGGAACUGGCACAUCCCAGUUGGAAACGCCAUGGCUGUCACCUCUUGUUGGAGAAAACCAUCUCCUUAACCCAGGCGGCAGUCUUGGCCUCCCGUCGCUGGUCGACCGAGCGAGGUCGUCCCGGCUGCCGUCGCCUUGGGCCGCCGUUGGCUUCGUGCGAAGUGAGACUUUGGGGUCCAGGUGGCACUCGGGGACGGUCCCCAGAGGUAUUGGCCGCUGAAGCCGAGAAGUCGCGGCUCUCGCAAGCUUGGCGGUCGCCGACCGACGACAUCGAGGAUUUCAUACGUCAAGGUCCCUUGUACCAGCGACUUCUUCUCAUUUGUCCUGCUCCUGCCAUAGCGGAGUGGAUGGACAAGGCUCAGGCGAUUGCCGAGCAGUUGAGAGUUGGCACCAUUCUUCCUCAAGAGAUGGAAGAGCAGAUGUCCAAGCGCAUUUACCACUUGUACUUGCCCUUGUACUUCUGGAUGCGGCAUCAAGCCCUGGAAAGACGCAGUUCCAGGAGCCACGGGGGCGCCGUCGUCUUUGGCAUCUCUGCGCCGCAAGGGUUUGGCAAGACCACCACCAUGCAGUUGCUUGAGGCACUUUUUGUGGCUGAUGGCUUCAAUUUUCAGGCUGUGUCCAUCGAUGACUUCUACUUGCCUGCGACGUGGCAAGAGGAAGUGGCCAAUGUCUACUCGGACAAUGCGCUCUUGCAAAGCCGCGGAAAUGCCGGCACCCACGACAUUCGCCUGGGCUCAGAGACGCUAAAGGCUCUGAAAAGCGCAGAGGAAGGAGAGGUGCUAGUCCCUCGCUUCGACAAAUCCGCGCUCAACGGACGUGGAGACCAGGUGCCGAAACAUCGCUGGACUCCCGUUGCCCUUCCCUGCGACGUGGUGGUCCUCGAAGGAUGGAUGGUUGGCUUUAAGGCUGAAGAGAACAGCCAAGCUGUCGCCGCCGUGAAUCGAGAUCUGCCGUUGAUCAAUGAGAAGCUGAAAAAAUAUCAGGCCUGGAACGAUUUGAUCGACUGCUUCUGUGUUUUCGCUAUGGAGGAGAUUGAUCAAGUCUACACCUGGCGCAGUCAGGCCGAAGAGGCCAUGAAGCGCUCCGGACGUGAUGGGAUGAGUCCUUCAGAAGUGAAAGAGUUUGUGGAUCGAUAUAUGCCGGCCUAUAUCGCUUAUCGCUUGGGACCCCAGGUCCAGGCCUCUACGCGGCCGCAUCUCAUGGAGGAUAUGAGAUGCAAAGAUAUUGAACCUUUUCUGAAAGGCACUGACUGGAAGCAAGAUCGUCAUCGAGCAUUUGGAUGGAAAGAGGCCGAAACGGGACCGCUGUUGAGGCUCUCCCUGAAGAGGCUGGUCGUGGAAUGCCCUGGAGAGAUGUGGGAUCUACGACCUGUGGAAGAGGCCGAGUGGCUGCGCUUUGACGACUUCGACGCCUUCGCGGGGCAGGAUGCGGCGCUGCUGAAGACGGGGGAUCUCGACGCGUGCAAGGACGUUUGCCGUCGCAACGGAUGGUCCGGUUUUACCUACUUUGAGAACAGAGCCUAUUUCCGCGCGCAGGAUCGGUCAGCACUACUGGAGACAAAGAAGCGGUCUCCUGGCAGCAUUCUCUUCGUGGCUCCGGGGAACACUCAGAAACUGCAGCGCUGUAUCCUCAACGCUGGUAUGCCAGAGCUGAGCCGACCCACACGCAGAGGUCAUCUGUUCGUGACUUUGAGGAUUGAGACGAAAGAAACACUGGAUGAGGCCACAAAGAAAGUCCUGAGACAGGCUGGAUGGGGCGAAGCAUCCGUGGCGAAGCAGAUACUGAAAGAUGUGCCAAGUCCGAAAAAGAUGGACCAGUUGAUCUCGAUGGAUCUGGACCCGCCCGUGACCGCGCCCAAACGACGCUGCUGCAGCAAAGCUCCUGCAGGGGCGGAGGCGACUCCAGAUGAGAUCUUUCAGGUGAUCAACAGCAUCGACUGGUCGCAGAAGAAGCCGCUGGUGACCCGCGAGGUGACCGUCGGAGACUACACCUGGGACCGCAGCAGCAUUCUGCUCUCGGUGGGGCCACCAGGGCCACAGCAGAUCCGGCUGCGGGGUGGACGGAAUCGCGAUCUCAUGAAGAAAGCCUUGCAGGAAUGUCUCGAUUCUGAGCGUUCUGUAUGGCUUGGCUUCAAGAAAUUUCGCGUUGGGAUGCCUUGGUGUUUGGUGCUUCGCUGUCCCUGCCUGGUGUUGUCCAUGACCCUUCUGGCGGUCUUCGGCUUGAUCGGCCUGGGCGUCACCAGCGCGCCCAUCGUGUUGAAUACCGACUUUGACUCCUUCAUGGACUCAGACAGCGCUGCAUCGCUGAAUUUCAAUUCUAUCGUGCAGGCGAUCAACGACGCCCGCGCCGCUGCUGCGGGGCGACGUCUCAUGGAAGUGGAGCAGCCCGAAGGAGACCUUCAUAGUCUUGAAGAGUUGGGAUUGGUCUUGGAGGACGGCACCCCAGCUGGUCGGAGGUUGCAGUCAGGUCUGAAACUGUAUCGAACCUUUAGCUUUCAGCUCACCUACGCACGAGAAGAUGGAGGUAAUUUGAUGAGCGAGACUACUCUUCGAUACAUGAGGAAUAUCGAGGUUUUGGUGAAGUCCUUCAGCGACUACCAGGCCUUAUGUGCCGAGGCAGAAGCGAGAUAUAAAAAUCAUUGCGACCCUGGCAUUUCUCUCCUGAAUAUGGUCUUCCCUUUCCAAGCACCCGACGGUCAAGACACAAGGCUUUACCUCAAUGGCACGGGGAAUGCGGUGCCAUUAGCCGUGGCAGUGGCUCUUGCGAAAGAGGCGCGCCACUCCACGGCCCGGCGGAUUGUGGGUGUCCGUGCGUGCGGCGAUUUGGUGCGCACCUGUCAGAAGCUUUGGAUGAAAAGGUAUGGUGUGGCACCAAUCCCGCCACCAGCGAUGCCGCCGCCGCCAGAUCCGGCGGCGGCGGCUGGCGGUGCCGGGGGGUCAGAAGAAGAAGGCGAGGAAGAGGAGGAGGAGGAGCAGGAGCAGGAAGAUGAAGAAGGUGAAGAAGAAGAGGUCAAAGAGACUGACCCAGUGUUGGAAAUGGAGGACGGCUGCCUGCCAACCUGA